AUGUUCUGUAGAAUGAUCCUUCUGCAUCCGAAGAAGAAGACCGGUUCGGUGCCGGUUUACUUGAAUGUUUACGAUUUGACUCCCAUGAAUGGCUACGCUUACUGGGUCGGCCUCGGCAUCUACCAUUCUGGCGUUCAAGUUCAUGGAGUUGAAUAUGGUUUUGGAGCUCAUGACCAUUCAACGACGGGGAUUUUUGAGGUUGAACCAAAGCAGUGCCCUGGUUUCACUUUCAGGAAAUCGAUACUCAUCGGAAGAACUGAUCUGGGUCCUAAGGAAGUUCGGUCAAUGAUGGAGAAAAUGGCACAAGAGUAUUCUGGGAAUACCUACCAUCUUAUCACCAAGAACUGCAAUCACUUCUGUAAUGAUGUGUGUCUCAAGUUAACUGGGAAAGCAAUCCCUAGCUGGGUCAACCGACUUGCUCGUUUAGGCUUCCUAUGCAACUGUGUCCUUCCAGCAGAGCUGAAUGGAGCUAAAGUCAGGCAAGUUAGGUCAGAAGACAGGACAGCGCAGCAAGUAGAGAAGAAGAAGUUAAGGAGCCGUUCGAGUAGAUUUGUAUCCGCCACAACCGCACCAACUACAUUGACGAAAAACUGCUCGGGUUCCGAAAUCAGACGCCGUACUGGAAAGAUCCUAUGA